AAGCCGUCUUAUCGCCUGAGCAGUUCCGUGUGCUUCGAAAGCAAGGCACAGAAGCACCUGGAUCCCACGAAUUCGACAAACAUAUGCCAAAGUCGGGUACGUACACCUGUGCCGGCUGCGAUGCACCUCUGUACACGGCGCAACACAAGUUCUCUAGUGGUUGCGGGUGGCCUGCUUACUUUGAUUCCAUUCCUGGAGCCAUCACGCAGCAUGAGGACAAUUCAUUCUUUGCGAAACGUGUGGAGUUGCGAUGUAGCUCGUGCGGAGGACACUUGGGUCAUCUGUUCAAGGGUGAGGGGUAUAAGACUCCUACCGACGAGCGACACUGUAUCAAUGGUAUCUCUUUGAGGUUCAAGGAGUGAUGCUCGUCGUCUUUCGGAACAUAUACGACGCAAAGCAUAGUUCUACCAUACUUCUAUGACUGUCAACAGAUGCUUGGGUCGCUCCACACUCGCAGCCUUGUUAUCUCGUAGAGUACAGCCAAACUGCACGGGCUUGACUCCAGGACAUGCCAUAUGUAGCCUGAUAGAUUCAUUUCCAGAUUGACCUACAAGUCAAUACAAUAAGCUGUUUGACGCUAGUCCAUCAGCCAGAGUGAAGCCCCUGCAUGCUCUGAUACAUGCUGGCUUCGGCCUUCCUUCUCUGAUGGG